AUGCCGUCCAAAGACCACAUUCAGCAGCUGCAGCGGCUCUUCGCGCACUUCAAGCGGCACGGUGGCCGUAACACUCCGAGCGGGGUGUCGCAGAUUGAACUGGUCGACGAUGACGAUUUAACGCGCUGGUUUGUGCAGCUGCUGUAUCAAGAUGAAAACGCCACCGACUUCUACGUCUCGCUGGAACUCGUGUUCAGCGAGGAGGGCGUGGGUGACGACCCUGAGAACGCGUUCUUUCUGGAUAAGCGGACCUCGUCACGGGGCCCACACAUCCCCACGGCCAGCACCGCAGCGGCGGCGCUCUCCGUGGCCCAGCAGCACGACACAGACACCCCCACCGCAAGUUCUCCUUCAGCCGCCCCCUCGCCGCCCUCUCCUCGUACGCGGGAUGCGCCGGUCGACGCUGCCGACGGCAACGGCCGCGCUGUCGAGCAGGGCGAUCUUGGGGAGAGCACGCCGGUGCAACAGCCGCAACGCGAGGAGGAGGAGGGUCUGCCACCGCCGCAGAGUCUGUCGCUGCAUCACACGGAUCACGCCACCUUGGCCACACCCCAGCCGCACAUUGAGGGAUGUAAGCGCUACGCCUCCCUGGGCGAGACGACGACCCUCCCGUCCAGCCCGCCUGGCAGCACGCCCGCAGACGGCAACGCGAUGACGCGUGUUAGUGGCAGUCAUCGCAGCCAUGCAGGCGGCCCCUCCACAGCGGCGGUUGCCGGGCGCCGCAGAGCACGCAUGCCCCUCGUGUUCAUCGUCGCGCCGCGCCUCAUCGCCUCCUUUAUUCAUCACGGCGCCCUCUGCUCCUUAGAGCUCAUGUCGCAGUACUGGGAGCCGACGCCGGACAACAUGACGUUGCUGCUCAUCGCGCUGCACGAGACGUUAAACCCCUUCAGCGGCGACGGCCGCGUGUCGGUCGAUGACGCGGAGCGGGCGGAGAGCCGGCGGGCGGCGGCGGUUGCGGCGGGUGCUGCCGGCGGUGGUGUCUCCGCGCCGGGGGCGUACUCGGCCGAGGAGCACCAGCUAGGAAUGGAUUACAUCCGCCGAGCGCACCCGCACCUGUUUCGACGGCACGUGAGCCCCUCGCUUCUUGACUCCGCCGUCGAUGUCGCUGCAGCCGCGGCAACACCAACGGCGCCAGCGCAGUCGAUAAACCCCGUUGAUGUUGCGGCGACGGCGGCGGGAGGAGGAGAGCGAGCGGCGGAGACGGUUGAAGGCUCGGAUCGUGGCCCGGUCGCGCUCGGCGCCGCCCAGCAGACCGAAUCCACCUGCAGUGUCUCGCCGAGUGUGGGUGCGGCAGCGGCGGCGGUCGUCGGCCCGCAGCCGUCGUACUCCUCCUCCACUUCUCCGCCAUCGACGGCGGCACACGCCAUACGCGACGUCUCGCACCUCAACACCGCGAUCUACGACGCAUUGGUGUACGUCUACAGCACCCCCGCCGCCGAUACCGCCGUCGAUCCACCACUACCACGGCAACAGCACGUUCCGUCUUUCGCGCAGCCCGUGGGGCGUCGCCCACCGGUGCAGAUGCGGCUCGACACGGCAGCCCUGCUGGCGGACGCACGCAGCCUCGACAGGUUGGGCGCCCCAGCGGCCGCAAAGGCGGAGGGGGACGAGCAGGGCGGGGCGGGCGACGACGCAGGGCCGACCUCCCCAUCACUCUCGCCUAACGCCGCACAAGCCGCCCCCACCGCCACGAAAACAACCGCAGCAGCGGCGGCAUCCACUGCGGCGGUGUGCACGCCGGCGCUGCACGCGGAGCGGGUGUUGCGGGCGCGGCCGCCAGCGGCGCUGCACCUCGCCUACGCUCCCACGCACACAAGCGGCCAUCGCAGCGACGGCGACGCGCGGAGUCGUGCGGGAGACCGGCAGCGAGUAGCCGAGUUGUGGGUUCCCCGGGCGCUUCCUCAAGUCCCCCUUCCUGCCGCAACGAGUCCUACUACUCCUUCGACAGCGGCGGCGGCGGCGGCGGCGGGGCGUCCUGCGAGCGACAACGACGGGGACGCGGGCGGGUUGACGACGCAAGUUGUGCGGCUGACCGAGAAGCCUCCGGCCCGCGCGGCCGCGCAGCCCUGCACGCUGGACGUGUGUCUUAGCGGUGCGUACGACCGAGCGAGCAGCGGCACGUGUGAGGAUGUGGAGCAGGCACCGAUCGCGUGUGUGCUGCGCAGCAUGCGCGUCUCCGCCAGUUCAACGCGCACCCUGUCCGCCACCGCUGCCGCCGCCUCCACGCUGACGGCAAGCAGAGCCGCUCGCAGUAACCCCACGACGCCAACGAACGCGGGUGCGGCGACGGCGUCACCCACGACAGCAGCGGCAGCAGCAGCAGCGGGAUCUGCACCGUCAUUUCGUUUCUCUCUUCAGCCCUCUACCGCCCCGUCACCGGGCGGCGAGGUGCACGUGUGUGAGAUCCCCGCCGGGUUGUCGCUGCGCUGCGAGCACAUGUACCUGUACGGUCACCUGCGGGUGUUGGGGUCGCUGACGCUGCACCGCUGCGUGCUCGUCGGCUCGAUCACGGCGGAGGAGCUGGCGAGCGUGCAGAUCACGCAGAGUCAGCUGGCAUUGAUGCCGGACGACCGUCUGCUGCGGCGAGCGCUGCCGUCACCGCCAGCACGUCUGUUAUUUCCACCGUCGGCGUCUCCCUCCUCUCGUCCGGGGUGCACGGGCGGGCAUCGAAGUUCGCAUGGCUCGCACGCACCGGCCGAGAAGGGCCGUCAAGGAAGCGAGGACGACGGCGCAGGCGGUGAAGCGGGCAUCGAGGAGGAGGAGGAGGAGGAGGAGGAGGGGAGCGAAGACGCGGCGCGGCGACCACCACCGCCGCCGCCGGCGCUCUUCUACGCGCAGCGAAAGGAAUGUCUCCUCGUGUUGGACUCGUCGAAGGUCGAAGUCACAGAUGCGUCGCGGAUCUACCGGCUUAUGCCGGAGAUGCAAGCAGCACAGCCGUGGCGCAGCCGUCGCCAUCGUCAGCGUCAUCCGUCAAGGAGCACGCAAGGUGCUGGGUCAGGGGAGCCGGCAGAGCAGGAAGGGCACAAGGACGUGUCAGCGCCAGACUCCGACGCAGAAGAAGUCAGCGAAGAUGAAGACGAAGAAGCGGAUGCGGUCAGUUACUCUCGUGCUAAUGCAGCAGCACAGCCGCCGCUUGCGGCCAUGAUGACGGUGCUGCGCUCUCUUAUACUAGUCUCCAAUCAGGGCCGGCUGCGCCUCGUGCGCUGCAGCGUCCACCCCGGCCGCAACACGGAGCGGACGAUCUUCGCCGAGCAGGACGCGAUCGUGGACAUGGCGUACUGCACGGUGGUGGCCGCCAUCUCGAGUGCCGUCAUCAUCCAGGGCUGUCGCGCCUUCUUGGAGCACUGCGCCUUCGAGGGGAGCGCAGUGGAGACACCAACGGCGACGACGUCGACAGUGGUGGGGGCGGCAGCGGCAGCGGAACGAAAUAUGGGGCCGGACGAGCGAGACGGUGCGCGGCAAGGAGGGGAAAACGACGGACCACUGCCACCACCACCACCUCCACCGUUGCAGCUCGGGGACGCCGCACGCAGCACUGGCCUCAUCGUCGAGCUCGGCGGCACCCUCACGGCUCGCUGGUGCACCGCGCGGCACGUCUACUUCGCCUUCUGCGUUAUCGCGCACUCCGUCGCCCACCUCUACCGCUGCCACGCGGACAACGUCGUGAACGGCUACACGAUUGACGCCUCCGCCGCGACGCUCGACGGGUGCUCCGCCCACACAAAUCACGUGGGGGUGUUUGUGCUACGCAAAGCGAAGUGCAUAAUGACGGACGACAACUGCGGGAGCUUUGCGCGGCGGUGCACGCUGCUGGCGGCGGCGUACGAGGCUGCUCGCCGAACUGCGCAGCAACAACUGCGCGCGGUGCCGCGACGACAACAAGCAGAAGACGCAGACGCAGCAGCAGCAGCACAAGUACACGUGCCAGACACAGACGUGUCACAGAGGAGGACCUCGUCUUCGGCUGCGGCUGUUGCGGCGGCAGCGGCGGCAGCGGCGGCAGCGGCGGCGGCGCGAACGGCGCGUGUAGCUGAACUGGCGCGUCAGUACUACGUCGAGUACGUCUUGCAUCCAGCGGCCGCCGCAGCGGCGGGCACCGACGGCGACGCCACGACAAUGGAAGCAGCGUCGUUGAAGCUGCUGAUCAGCAACGGCACACGCGGUGACGAUGAAGUCCACGAGCCCUCCUCCAGCCGCAGUGUCAGCACAUCACCGCCACCGCAGCAGCAACAGCAGCAGCCGCACCUCGGCAUCUACGGCGGCUCCUUCAGUCUUGAAGUACGCGAUGCGGCGCUCAAGGCGACGGGCGUGACGGUGUUAGACGCGCGCGACACCGCCGUGUACGCCGUCGACGACAGCACUGUGGAGUUGGAGGAGUGCGUGUUGUGGUCGACCGCAGAGACGGAAGACGCCGCCGCCGCUGCCGCUGCCGCAGCCGCAGCCGUCGCACAGGCAGAAGCGGAGACAGAAGCGGAAGGCACCGUCCAUGCAACGGCUGUCGGGGGUUCUGCCGUGUCGCUCCCGCUAAAGCAGCCACCGUCGCCGGCGCCGUUCGGCCGGGGGGCGAGCGCCAGGACACCGGUCAGGAGGGCUUGUUCCCUUUCGGCGGAGUGGAAGAGUUCGCCCGGGCCGUCCUCCCUCGCAUCGCGGCAGAGCUCCUGCGGGAUCAAGACGGUCCACUCGUCGCUCAAGGCGCGGCGCUGCCUCAUCACCGGCUUCAGCUUCGGUGUCGGCGUUAUUCAGUCCUCCACGGCGGAGGUGGUCGAGUGUGUGGCGGCGCACUGCAUGAACGGCUUCACAGUCGACCACUCCACAAGCCGCUUCGCCGACUGCGGGGCAGACACCCGGCACGUCGGUCUCUUUGCACUGAACAACGCGGUGGUCGAGGCCACAGGCGUGCCGCACAUCGUGGGCGUCGACUCGCUGCAUCGCACCCCGCCACGGCUGAUCUGCGGCGGGGUUCCUGCCGUGUUCGGCGGCGACACGUACGGGGUGGAGUGCAAGGGGAGCGAACUGCGCUGCGACGGCAUCGCGGUGCUGCGGGGCCGGGACAGCGGGUUUAACGUGUACAACAAGAGCCGGGUCACGUUGCGGCGGUGCCUAAUCGACGUGUCUCCAACCGACGCGGCAAACUUCGUUUUCGGAGGUGCGACGCGCGACUGCAGCAGGAAGAGACCGCAGACGCCCAUCACGACGACGACGACGACGGUGCCGGCGCUGCGGCGUAGAAGUAGCGGAAGUAGCAGCAGCAGCGGUAGCAGCCGCUCUGGCAGCGCCACCGCCCCGCCUCAUCUCCCUGACACGCGUGCAGCGGACCCUCACGCGGGAAGGAUACCCACGGAGCGACGUGGAAAUGAGAUGGACGCGAUGUCAUCGGACGCGGCGGCAGCGGAGGACCAACGCACCUCCGCAUCAUCAGCCCUCGUCACCGGCAGCUGGCUCCGCGGCUUGACGCUCGACAUCGGCGCGGACGACGUGGACGACCGGCUGAACUCGGUCCCCGACAACAAGGACAAGGUGAAGGGCGAGAGCCCGCACCGCAGCGGCGGCGGUGGCGCUCGUUGUGACGCCGCAGCCGAUACGGCGCAAACGUCAUCGUCCUCUUCGUCUCCCUCCGCCGCCGCCGUCAUCGCUGGCAACAGUCUUCCGGCUCCGGCCGUGGCAGCAGCAGCGGCAGCAACAACAACAACAACCGCGGCUGCGGCGGUACUCACCUCUGGGGUGAAGGUGUGGUCGGGCAGUCGCUGCUACGCGCAGGACAGCGAAGUCCGCUGCGUCACCUUCGGUUUCGCCGCCCUCGGCCCCGAGACGACCUUCGAAGCACACCACUGCACGGCGAAGCACGUCGUCAAUGGCUUCACCGCGGACGGCAGUGCGAUGCAGCUGACGAAGUGCAGCGCGAGCAGCAGCCACGUCGGCGUCUAUGUAUUGUCGAACGGGCGCUGCAUGGUGCGCCGCGGCAGCUACACCGGCAAGAAGUACGGUAUCGAGUGCCGCAGCGGGGUGCUGUCCUUUCAGGGCCACGUGAAGAUCUACGGCUUCUCACGCAUUGGCCUGUACCUGUACGCCGGAGCGCAUUGCGAGGCGGACGUCGACAGCGUGCUGGACAUCCACGUGCACAAGCAGCAACCAAAGCAGCAGAAUGGCUGUGCAUCGCUGCCCACGUCUGCUCUUCGCGAAGUUGGCGGAGGAGGGUCGCAGGAUGAAGAUCAGCAUCCGCAUCAACGUAGCAGCUCGGUGACCAACCGCGUGUCACCGCCGUCUGCUUCCAACUCUCCCGCACCUCCGCCGCUCUCCUCGCUACCGUGCGGUGUCGCAGAGGCCGCAAACGUGUCCGACUUACUGCCCGCCUGCAUCGCGCUGGAUGAGGCGACGGCACACCUGCCGCAGUCCAUUAUCGGCGGUGGCGCCCGCUGCGGCAUCACGUGCGCCGACGGUGCUACCGGUUUUAUCGGGAAGUGCCUCGUCCACGACUGCGCGCUCGUCGGCGUAAACGUCUUCGCCGGGGCGCACGUGACGCUCGCGAACUGUCAGGUGCAGUGUGCCGGGCAGCACGCCCUCGUCGUACACGUUGGCGGCGUCUGUCGCAUAGCGCGUCCACAGACGGCGGGGGAGGGCGCCACGUGGGACGUCAGCAAGAGCAACAUCAGUGAAGAGGCGGUGGAGGCGGUGGGACAAGGAAGAGGGGCAGCAUCAGCAGACGGCGAGGAGCGGGGGAGCGUAGAGGACCGGUGGACGACGGUGAUGUCGGGCAACGACGAAGCACAGGAGGACACGCACAGCAACAGCAGCAGUGACAGCGGCGGCAACGGCUACGGCUACGCCGGCGCAGCUUUGGCGAGAGUCCGGCAGCGGGUGUGGGGUGCUCUGCGGGGUAUCGCCUCCGCCGUUGCCUCCGCCGCACUUCUGCGCCGGGAUCUGGCAAGUGACCGGCCGCCGGCGGCUGCGUCGGUGUUCCGUCGGAAGAAGAGGGACGACCCGCACACGAAGGGGACGGCGCUCGCCAACGUCGAGGGUGGCGCGACGACGCUGUCGCUACUGGACACCGCCAUGGCGGCGUACACCGCAGUCACCACCCGCGAGUGCUUCAUUGAGAACGCGGAUGCGCACGACGCCUCAUCCGCACCGGCGCUCGCGGGCGGACGUCGCCACCAGCCGCCGACCCGCGCCGCACGUCGGCACCUGCAUUGGAUGGCGUACGAGCCCCACCGCGUCAGCCUUCCCUUCCGGCUCAACGAGCUGGUCGAUGCCGGUGCGGAGAAGACCGCGCGUCCGCCACCGUCCUCUUCGCCGCUGAUGCCGCCGACGCACGCCGCGGAUGCGGCUGCGGCUGCCGCGGCCUUACCGUCUGUGCAGCCCGCCAUCGUCGGCGGGGUGGUGGUCCGUGGUACCUGCACCGUUGAGCGCAUGCUGCUGCAGCCAACACCCGUCGCUCCGGCGCGAUCAGCGGGGGACGACACGGAGUCGACUCGUCAAGGGGACAACGACGAGGAAGGCGGUGGCGCAGCAGCAGCAGCGGCGGAGAGCACGACACCCGCGCCGGCCCUUCUGCAGGCGCCGCCGGCGAUACAUGUGUGUCAGCACGGGGUGUUGAACCUGUUUGACUGUCUCAUCGACGCUUCACUGGCCGCCCUACCAGACACCGCGCACCAUGAGGAAGGCACAGCGCCUGCUGAGCGUGGAGAGCGGUCCAGCAAUGGAGAAGCGCCUGUAGUGGUAGUGGUGGUUUGCGAUGGUCCCUACGCGCGCCUGCACGGCGACUACGUUCGUGUGCUGCGCAGCGAUCGGACAUGCAGUCAUCGCAGCAGCCUGAACAGCAGCAGCAGCGGCGGCGUCUUUCUCUCACCGUUAGUGACCAGCGGUAGUUGCUGUACGGAGGAGGAAGAGGAGGAGGAGGAGGGGGAGGGUGUUGUCCAGUCAGCGCGCGGCUCCCCAGCACGAGCACCAGCGACCACGACGGCGGUCACGGCGCCACCACAGGAAGAGAGGUGUCACGGCGACAACGCACCAACGCCGCCGGCGGCGGACACUCCACUUCUGAUCUUGUCGCUACGCAACGGGGCGCAGUGCACGCUGCACAUGGCCGGGCCCUCGCGCGGUGCGUGGCCCUUCAGCCCCCUCGCAUCCGCCUCUUCCGCCACUGGCGCAACCGCCGCAGACGCCGUGGCAUCGCCUUCUUCGCCCAGCGCCGCUGCUGCGGUGGACACGGCGGACGGGGAGGCGAACGCGAAGGGUGACGAUCAGGAGCGGGCGGCACCGCCGUCCCCUUCGCCCACGCGCCUCGCGGACGCAGCGGCGCGCGCACGCGCACCGGCAAACGACGGGAUGAUGCUGUGCCUCUCGAAGGACAGCCUGGCCGAGGCCUCCUUCGCAAUGUUCACCAACGUAGACGUCCGCACGCAGUCCAUUGCGCGAUUGGUGCACUGCGGCAUUGAGGGUGGGGGACCGCCGCUUCUGCGCCUGCGCAGCGGCAGCCGCGCCACCGUGCUAUUCAGCCGUGUUGCCGUCAUCGGCGGUGGCGGUGGUGUUGACGCCGCCGCCGUCUCCGUUGAUGCAACGAGCUACUUCAUUCUUUUUCGGUCGGAGGUGCAGACGGCGGGCGCGCGGGGAGCCGCGGUGAUGUGUGAUGACGGUGGCCGAGUCCGGCAGCUCCAGAGUGCGGUGACGUCUCGCGAUGGCGAGGCCUCGCCCGGUCCCGCCGUGGCGGCCGGUGCACCGGAAGACGGAGAAGCGGAGCACGCGAAGUGA